AAGCAAACUGAUUAUUCUCAGGAAGGUGAAGCAUCAUCAUCAGCCAUUCAACUCGGAUGCUUGCAUUCUUCUUUUCAAAUUUUCACUUUCAGGAAGUUUUUUUCUGGUUGGGAGACUUUGGUUAAUCUAAUUUUGGAAUGCUAGCAUUUUACAGUUUAAAUUUAUCACUUUCCACCCGUAAAGUUAGCCAUGAUAUAUUCAUGUGAAGAGUAUAGCCUAAUCCUCUGACGUCUUUCAUCCGAAUAGAGUCCAGUGAAUUCAAUUGGUCAAAAUGUCGAAGCGACCUGCAGAUAAUAGUGAUGGCAGUGGGCAGCCACCUAUCAAGAAAGUCCAAUUUGAGCCAAUGCGUAUUGGACCAAUAUCAACAUUAGAAGAAAUGGACAUGAAGGUUCUUCAGUUUCAAAAUAAGAAGCUCGCUCAAAGGCUUGAGCAGCGUCAGAAAACAGAGGCUGAUCUAAGGCAAAGAAUAGAGCAGCUUGAAAAACGUCAAACUCAAGAUGAUGCUAUGCUUAACGUAGUUAACAGAUAUUGGAACCAGUUAAAUGAAGAUAUCCGUGUUCUCCUCCAACGGUUUGAUGCAGAGACUGCUGAUGAGUCUGAGAAUAAAAAUGAAAAUGAAGCUACUACUUCAUUUUUAAUGCAGUUGUCAACAUGGGACAAAGAAGAGUUAGAUGAAAAGUUGGCAAAUCGGGUUCAAGUCUCAAAGCGAGCUGUUGCAAAGGUCAUUCAAGCUUUUGACCGCUUACAGCAAAGAAAUGAGAAAAUUACCUUAGCAUUGAAAGGAGAAUUAGAUGGAGAUGAAGCUCCCAGCAUGGAUGAAACUAUACGACAAGCCAACAUUGAGGUUCAGGCAGAAAAUCGAAACCUUCAAGCUCUCAACACAUCUCUUCAUGAAAAGUACCAUAACAUAUCAUUGAAGCUGGCUGAACUUCAAGACCAGGUUAAUGGUAAAGAAACAGAAGCUGCUGAGCUUCGUAACCAAAUCGAUGAUUUGCAAUAUGAAGUUCAAAAAUUUUCACAGAGGAAUGACAAACUAGAAACGUCAUUGGCAGAUGCUAUUGAACAGCUUAAAACUUACCAGCAAAUGCAACAGCAGCAAGUAAAUGAAGGCAGUUCUCAACCCAAGCCAGUGAAUGUUGUCUCUACCGUGUCUCAAAAGAAGUGUGAGGAUUUGCAGAAAGAGUGUGAAGAACUCCGCGAGAUGUCCAACAACCGUUUACAGGAAUUAGAUAAGCUCCACAUGCAGCAUAGAGACACACUGAAGGAAGUUGAAAAAUUAAAAAUGGAUAUAAGGCAGCUUCCUGAGAGUGUAAUAGUUGAAACAACCGAAUACAAAUGCCUUCAAUCUCAAUUCUCUGUUCUGUACAAUGAGUCAAUGCAGUUAAAGACCCAGUUAGAUGAAGCAAGGCAGCAAUUGCAGGGCAGCAAAAAUGCUCACCUGCGACAAAUUGAAAUGAUGGAGAGUGAAGAGCUGCUAGCUCAGAAGAAACUUAGGACAGAAGUUAUUCAGUUAGAAGAUCUUCUGGCUCAGUUACGAAAAGAGUAUGAAAUGCUGCGCAUUGAGUUUGAACAGAAUUUGGCUGCAAAUGAACAAACAGGGCCCAUAAACAGAGAAAUGAGACAUCUAAUUACAUCACUCCAGAAUCACAACCAGCAGCUGAAGGGUGAGGUUCACCGAUACAAACGCAAAUACAAAGACGCAAAUGGUGAACUUCCAAAGUUGAAGAGGGAGGUGGAGGAUCUUCAGCAGAAGCUAGAAGAACAUGCAGCUGCAGCUGAAAAACAGGAAUGUGCAUCAAGCGAAUCAUCAGUUAAGGAGGAAGAAGAAGGAAAUUCUGAGCUUGUCAAUGUCAAGGAAGAACCAGCAAUGUCAAUCAAGAAAGAAGGAAGUGGAGAUGAAAAUGAGCAGUUAGAUGAGGUGGAGAUGGACCCAUCCAUGGAUACAUCUCUCAUGUCCCCUAAAGAUAAUAAGGACAUCAAACAAGGCCAGGGAGCAGUGGCUCAGCAAGGAGCUCAAAGUCAGACGCCGGUUAAGACAAAUGCUAGUUCCACUCCAGCCCCUGGAGUUGUGAAUGACGUGAAGAAAGAAAUGAAAUGUGAACCUGGAAGUGAUCCUCACCGGUCAAAGGAAAUGAAAGGACCAGAAUCAGAGCAAGUUCGAGAACUUCGUGCUCAGCUAAAGAAAGCCCUGAACGACCAGAAAGAAAUGAAACUUUUGUUAGACAUGUAUAAAGGUGUUAGCAAAGAACAACGAGACAAGGUGCAGCUCAUGGCUCAAGAAAAGAAGAACCGUGCUGAACUUGAAGAGCUUAGACAGCAAAUUAAGAAAAUUCAGGAAAGCAAACGUGAAGACAGGAAGAAAUUGGCAGAUGAAGAUGCUAUGCGUAAAAUAAAGCAACUGGAAGAUCAGGGAUAUCAACUUCAAAAGCAGUUGGCUACUCACAAGCAGGUACAAAAUGCCCCUUUGAUGUUAAGCUACUCCAUCUCAUUUUCUGUUAUGCUUAAUACUGUAUUUUUGCAGGAGGAAGAGGCAUUACUUAAUGAAAUGGAAGUGACAGGCCAGGCCUUUGAAGAUAUGCAGGAGCAAAACUCAAGACUUAUCCAGCAACUUAGAGAAAAGGAUGAUGCUAAUUUUAAAUUAAUGACUGAACGAAUUAAAUCUAAUCAAUUACACAAAUUAGCAAGAGAAGAAAAGGAUGUCCUAAAAGAACAGGUGAUGACCAUGACUACCCAAGUAGAGGCUACUAAUCAAGUCGUCCGGAAAUUAGAGGAAAAGGAAAGAAUACUCCAAAAUUCUCUCGCAACAGUUGAGAAGGAGUUAGCCCUCCGACAGCAAGCUAUGGAAAUGCACAAACGAAAAGCCAUUGAGAGUGCACAAUCUGCUGCAGAUCUAAAACUGCAUCUUGAAAAGUACCAUGCUCAAAUGAAGGAGGCACAGCAAGUUGUCACUGAAAAAACAAGCUCUCUAGAGGCUGAGGCGUACAAAACCAAAAGACUCCAGGAAGAGAUUGCUCAGUUACGUCGCAAGGCAGAACGCAUGAAGAAGAUUGAGCUUGCUGGUACUUUAGAUGAAGUUAUGUUAGAAGAAAUUCGAGAAUAUAAAGAAACUCUCACAUGCCCAUCUUGUAAAGUUAAACGCAAAGAUGCAGUUCUCUCUAAGUGUUUCCAUGUUUUCUGCUGGGAUUGUCUCAGAACAAGAUAUGAAACAAGGCAGCGAAAAUGUCCGAAAUGUAAUGCUGCAUUUGGUGCUAAUGAUUAUCACCGUCUUUACCUAUCGACGUAAUAUUCUAGGCAAGUAAGGAGUGUUUGAAAAUUUUCAUAGCCAAUUGUCGUCAGGUUACUGUUGUAAUCUGAUAUUUUGUGAUAAACUAUGCCAAGAUAAUUUGGAAACAUGCAGAGGUCAUUCAUCAACUUGUAAUCAUUUUAGGUUUAGACCUUGGCUGAAUGUGUAACUAGGUGAGUUGAGAGUGUAUAUCUUAACAUAUUUUGACAAUAUGAAGAUAUUGUCUUCCAAGACAGAUCCUCACCUUAUCAAUUGGUGGUUUUGAGAGGACCAAAUCCUCCCUUAUUUAGUAUUAUUUUUUUUCUAAAGUUUUCUUUGUUUUAUGUCUUUUUCUUAUCAUGGCUCUGUUAAUGGAAAUGAUGCUGACCUCGGGGCAAGCCCUGUAUGUGCGAGGCACUCAAAAUAAUUCUUGAUAAGUCGUCCCCCACUUAGCUACUGGACUGGUUUUCCUUUGCCUUCUACGGUUUUGAUAAUUCACUAUAUUUUCCUCCUCAUAAAUAUUUUAGGGAUUGCAAAUUGGCUCUUGUGUCAGAUUAGCUUUGAUUCUGUGAUACAAAUCGCAUUUACUGUAUCUUUUUAGGUGAUUUUAAAACUUUUUUGUUCCUUAAAUAUUUCAUAGACUACAUAACUGGUAGAAGGGCAUGGAGAAACAAAUACUUAAAUCAUAUAAUAAAGAUACAAAUUAGCUUGCCUAAAGAUUUUAAUAGAUUUUUUUUGCGUGUUUUGUUGUUUUUUUUUGACAUUGUGAGCUCUUACUUAUCCAGCCUUCAAAAUUACUUACAUCAUUAUUAAAUAAGAAAAAUUGGUUGUGAUUUUGGAUUGCAUGGUUGCAAGUCAACAUUUCUCUACUGCAGUGUACAAGCUAAAUUGCCUUUGAAGGGAACAAAAUAAUUUACUUUUAAACUGUGUACCUUUAAUCAGUUGUUCUUACACUAAAGCUCUGGAAGAGGACUUCAAUUUAUUCAUACAACAGUUGGAAUUUUGUAUUUUGAUUAUUGUUGCGUAAAGGAGUGGCUGAGUCAUAGUUAGUCCAUUUUUCCAUACCUAGUAGUAUUCUCCAAGCACUGUGAUAUUUCAUAUUCAAAAUUAUGUCUUUGUAUAUUUGUAAAUGAAAGUGGUUGUGUCUAUGUAAAUGUUGUUAAGAUCAAGACUGGGAACUGGGGGGAAACGUUUGGUAGCACUAGAUUUGCAUCUGGUUUGUUUAUAUAAUGUAGGUUUGGUGCUAUUAUGUUUUAUGAAGAAGCCUUGUAAAAUAUCUUUAUGAACACUGACUUUCAUAUUGUUUUAUAUGGGCUUCUUUGCAAGUCUAUCUUCCUCAGAAUUGGUGUGGGAAAAUGGACUGUUUCAAGCUAGGAUUGGUUUAGCUUGGUGUGUCCUUGUAAAGUUUGUAAGAAUUUGUGUAAACAAGAAACUUCUUGAUUGAUGUCAAAAAUUAAUGCUGUUGAAUAAAAGCAGUGAGUACAUAAUGAAAAA